AUGGCAGGGCACGGCGCCAGCCUGCUCCUGCUCCUCGGGAUCCUGCCAGCUCUCCUCGUGGCCGUCAGGAUCAACGGCAACGGCCGGGAGGUUCUGUACCUGGCCAAGGGCGACUCGGUCAAACUGGGCUGUCCCUAUGUCCUGGAGCCCGAGGACAACGGUCCCCAGGGCGUGGGCAUCGAGUGGAUCCAGAUCUCGCCCGAGAGACCCAGCCCCGAGAAUGUGUUCCUGUCCUACCAGGACCACCACGUGAACUACGGCAGCGGCUCGGGGCUGCAGGACCGCGUGGCCUUCGUGCAGACGGACCCGGGCCAGCGCGACGCCUCCAUCCGCCUGGCCGACCUGCAGGAGAGCGACACCGGCACCUACCAGUGCCGCGUCAAGAAGAACACGGUGGCCGUGCAUGAGGUCAUUGUCACCGUGCAAGAGAAGCCGGCGGCCCCGCAGUGCUGGAGCGAGGGGGAGCUGAUCGAGGGGGGCUCGGUGCUGCUGCGCUGCUUCAGCCGGGGGGGCACCGCGCCCCUCUCCUACCAGUGGGCAAAGCUGGCCGAGGGCUACGGCGGGGGGCGCCUGCCCUCGGGCACCCUGCAAGGCCGUGCUCCCGGUGACCUCCUGAUCCGCAGCCUGACCGGGGCCCACGCUGGCACCUACCAGUGCCGUGUCACCAACCGCGUGGGGUACUCGGUGUGCCAGCUCAACCUGAGCCCCGGCACCCGCGGGCGCCAGGCCGGCAUCAUCGUGGGCUCCAUCCUGGGCUCCCUCCUCCUCCUCAGCCUCCUGGGGCUGCUCAUCUGGGCUCUGAUCGCCCGCUACCAGCGCAAGGAGUGCCAGCGGGCCUGCAGCGACUGCAGGAGCAGCACGGGUGGCACCAUGCCCCGGGGCUGUGCCACCUGCGGCCACCACUCGUACUCCCCUCACGGCAUCAGCUACAUGCAGUGCCAGCAGUGCCAGCACGGCGACAGCGACGAGAGAGCGGCAGCGCUGCUCUGCAACGAGGGCAUCCGCCACCAGGUCACCUGUCCCGGCCUGUGACACCGCCGCAGGGUCACCUGUCCCCGCCUGCGACACCGCCACGGCGACAGCGACAGCGACAGCGACACACACACACACACAGAGAGCAACGGAAAGUGAUGGAAGGAGCGGCUGCUGCUGCUCAAAACCGCAUAAAACAGAUCAAAAUCGCUCCAAAUCGCACGAUAUUCCGCAGAAAGAAUUCUCUAAAUGCCGUAAAAACGGUCAAAAUGUCACCAAAUUCUAUAAAAAAAAAAUUCAAAAUUUUAUGAGGUUUAUUCUAAAAUAACAACGAAUUGCCGGUCACGGCGGAGCCCGCCCGCAAAAAGGGAAGGCGGGAGCGCAAAACCUCCUAAAACAGCUCAAAAUCGCUCCAAAUCGCACGAUAUUCCACAGAAAGAAUCUUCUAAAUGACAAAAAAAUGGUCAAA